AACGAGUGCAACAUAAAAAUACGACCAUGAAUUAACGUUAAAACAUUGCCAAAAAGGCAGCCGGGCUGCCGGGCUGCCGGACUGGCGUGCUGGAGUCAUGUGCCACAGGCUCCUGUUGCCGCAAACAAACACAUAAAAAUGUUGUGGACGCACCGCAUGGCGUGGUCUGGUCGGGUCGGGUCUGGACUGGUCUGGUCUGGACCAGGCCAAGCCGGGCCUGCUGUUGUGGUCCUGGCCAUAGCUGGCGUGAAAAAUCAUUUAAUUUACUACACAAACACAAAGAAACACUGCGCAAGGGCAGGACACGCGGCGCAGCGGCCUAACAAUAUGAACAGCCAAUUACCGCAAGGAAAAAACCUGGUGGCGCACUACGGAAUUCGGGACACUUCUGACACAGUACAAUCACAUGUGAUGCGCCUUAAGCUCGGCUUCCUCAUAAAUAUGACACUCUAUUAAUUGCGGUAAAAACAACUUUACAUCAACUUCGGAGUGUGGGUCGCAAUUAAAAUGCUGCCAAAGAACUUUAAGUUCGCGACAAGCUUUACGAAGGGUAGCGGGUGCGAUGCUGGCAUGCGAUAUGGUUGCGAUAUGCCCGCCGCCCGCUGCCAUUAUUUUAAUUGUGCCAUUGGGUACGGUGGUCAACUUAAGGAUAAAGAUUUAACCAAGUCAUAAAAGGAAAACAAUAACGAAAGGAGAACACCCUCUACUUCUCGCAUAGUGUGUAUUUCAAAUUCGUCCCGCAUUGUGUGACAUCCACUUGGGUUAAAAGACUCU